AGUGCUUUCCAAGUGGAGGUGGAAAGGAGGAGCACCGAAGGCCCUACAGAGAGAGAGAGAGAGAGAGAAGGAAGGACAAGAGACGAGGAGGACGACGAUGGUGACGGUGAGAGAAGAGACUCGAAAGGGCCCGUGGACGGAGCAGGAGGACCUGCAACUGGUAUGCUUUGUGGGCUUAUUCGGGGAACGUCGUUGGGAUUUCAUAGCCAAAGUCUCAGGUCUCAACAGAACAGGCAAGAGUUGCAGGUUACGCUGGGUUAAUUACCUGCACCCAGGUCUCAAGCGCGGCCGCAUGACCCCUCAGGAGGAGCGCCUCAUCCUCGAGCUCCAUUCCCGCUGGGGAAAUAGGUGGUCUCGGAUAGCUCGAAAGCUCCCGGGCCGCACCGAUAAUGAGAUCAAGAACUACUGGAGGACUCAUAUGAGGAAGAAGGCACAGGAGCGAAAGAAAAAUGCCCUCUCCUCUUCAUCAUCUUCAUCAUCUCUGACCGAUAAUUCGGCAUCGGUGAGCGAACCCCCAUCGGAUGCUGGGUUGGAACAGCAUGAGCUUAAUGGUGGCAGUGGUUGCUGCUGCAUGGCUGCAGGGUUUGUGGAGAACGAGGAAGGUGUGAAGGGGUACUCCAUGGAUCAGAUUUGGAAUGAGAUUAUUGCAACACCUGAAGCAGUCAGCGAGCUGAGCUUUGGGGAAUGGAAGAAUGAUUUCUUUGAUACUUCCUGGCCUCCAAUGCCCUCCCCUAUGUGGGAAUACAGCUCUGAAUCACCCUGGAAGAUGGACUAUGAAGAGUUCAAAAUGCUUCCUUCCUUGGAUGACCUAUUGUUGUUCUCUAACUACCAACAUGGCAGAGAGUUUUAUAACUGACCCUAUUGUACUUGGUUCUCUCUUGGCCUUUUUGUUUAUAGAUGUGAAAUGGCUGUGAAGUAGAACAUCCGCUAGGAUGGAGCUAUUUCUCAUGUAAAAUUUAGGUAUGCUUAGUCAUAAGACCUAUUGCGUGUUUGUAAGAUAGAUAUUCUAUUGUGCUGAACUUAAUUGAACCA